GAAAAUGAGGCUCCAUCACCCUCCCGCUGCCGAGAGCAUCUUCAGAGCAGAUCGCGAAGGGAGCCUCCUACGUCUACAUGCACACUGACGGAUUUUUUUUCCCCCAUUCACCACAAAUAACACAGGCACACAGAGGGCUGAAAACAGCACCUACAGGACCAUGGCCAGGAAUCGUAAGGAAAGGAACAGCUGGGCGGGAGGCUUCUCCGACAAGGGGGUCUACGACUGGAGCUCGGAGGAGGAGGAGCCCGUGGGCAGGGCUGAGCCGGUGCAGGUGCUGGUGGUGAAAGACGACCACUCCUUCGAGCUCGACGAAGCAGCCCUGAGCCGGAUUCUGUUGAACGAGGCCGUGAGGGAGCGGGAGGUGGUGGCCAUCUCUGUGGCGGGCGCCUUUCGCAAAGGCAAGUCUUUCCUCAUGGACUUCAUGCUGCGCUACAUGUACAACCAGGGCUCAGAGGACUGGCUAGGAGCACCGGACGAGCCCCUGACUGGCUUCUCUUGGAGAGGGGGGUCUGAGCGGGAGACCACUGGAAUUCAGAUCUGGAAUGAAGUCUUCCUGGUGGACAAGCCAGAUGGCAGGAAGGUGGCAGUACUCCUGAUGGACACCCAGGGUACCUUUGACAGCCAGUCAACACUGAGGGACUCCGCUACUGUGUUUGCACUUAGUACCAUGAUCAGCUCCAUGCAGGUGUACAAUAUAUCUCAGAACGUACAAGAGGAUGAUCUGCAGCACUUACAGCUCUUCACUGAGUAUGGCAGACUGGCCAUGGAGGAGACUUUCCUGAAACCUUUUCAGUCAAUGAUAUUCCUGGUUCGGGACUGGAGCUUCCCUUAUGAGUUUUCUUAUGGGCAGGAAGGGGGCAUGAAGUUCCUGGAGAAGAGGCUUAAGAUCUCUGAGAACCAGCACGAGGAGCUGCAGAACGUGCGGAAACACAUCCACUCCUGCUUCACCAACAUCUCCUGUUUCCUCCUGCCACAUCCCGGCCUCAAAGUAGCUACCAACCCACACUUCGACGGCAGACUCAAAGAGAUCGAUGGGGAAUUCAUUAAUAACUUAAAGGUCUUGGUCCCCUGGCUCCUCAGCCCAGAGAACCUGGAUGUUAAGGAGAUAAAUGGCAACAACAUCACCUGCCGAGGCCUUCUGGAGUACUUUAAGGCUUACAUAAAGAUCUACCAAGGGGAAGAACUGCCGCACCCAAAGUCCAUGCUGCAGGCGACAGCAGAAGCCAACAACCUGGCAGCAGUAGCAGCAGCCAAGGACCUGUACAACAAAAAGAUGGAGGAGGUGUGUGGGGGCGACAGGCCCUUCCUGGCCCCCAGCGAGCUGCAGGCGCGGCACGCGGACCUGCGGGAGGAGGCGCUGCGCCUGUUCCGGGGCGUGAAGAAGAUGGGGGGCGAGGAGUUCAGCCGGCGCUACCUGCAGCAGCUGGAGGCCGAGAUCGACGAGGUCUUCGUGCAGUACAUCAAGCACAACGACUCCAAGAACAUCUUCCACGCCGCGCGCACCCCGGCCACCCUCUUCGUCGUCAUCUUCGUGAUGUACGUGGUGGCGGGCGUGACAGGCUUCGUGGGCGUCGACGUCAUCGCCAGCCUGUGCAACAUGAUCCUGGGCCUGGCGCUCAUCACCCUCUGCACGUGGGCCUACAUCCGCUACUCCGGGGAGUACCGGGAGCUGGGUGCCGUCAUCGACCAGGUGGCAGGAGCACUCUGGGACCAGGCUCUAUACAAGCUGUACAAUGCUGCGGCCAGUCACAGGCACUUGUAUCACCACGCUUUUCCCAGCUCACAAGCAGAGACCCAGGAAGAGCCAGAGAGGAAGAAGAACUGACUCUGUAAAAGUCUCUGCACUGGAAGUGCGUGAUCCUCUGGGCCACUGAGGAGCAUGACCGACAGAAAGAAAGCAUAGAAUUGUCAGCUUUGGGCACUUGUACUAAAAUUUGACUGACAGGAUCUGUCAUUUGGCACAGACACCACUAGGUAGCUAAAGGGAGAAAUCUGAGAUUAUUCUCUGUAGCUAAAUCCUACUCCACAGGUGCAGAAAAAAGUAUGGAAACCACUUAAUCUAUGUGCUAAUUUGAUCUUUUAUUUAUAAGACCUUUUGGUUUCUAAAAUGGAAACAUUGUAUAUAUUCAUAAAAAACAGUUGUAAUGCAGCAGAUGUAUAUGGAAUUGGGGGAAAAUUCCAGUGCUUAGUUUACUGUGGCUUGAUGUCAAAUGAUUCACAAGCCAGGUAUAGAGAAAAUAUGCCAUCACUAGUAGGCAAUGCACAUUUCAGCAGCAAUUGUAGAGGUAUAAAAAGUCAGUUUAUCUUUUCACUCUUCAAAAACUGAAGACUUCUGAUAUAUUAGUUAUGUACCACAUUACUAUUACAAUUAACAGAUUAGGGACUGGAAAUUCACAUUGUUGAAGCCAACAUACUUUUCAAAUCAUCAAAGUGUGCUUCUACUGUCUGUUAGGUUUAGGUUAUUUUUUAGUAAUAUAAAAAUGAUGAGCACAUAUUUUCUUCAUUAAUAUCCCCACUUAACUAUGGGAGAAACUGUAUUGAUCUUUACAUUUCUACAGUUUCAAGUGAAUGAACUGAAAGCACCUGGAAAUAUCUUUGGAAUUAGAGAGCAGUUUGGUACCUGGAAAGUUCAGAUUUUUCUCCAAUUUAAUGUGAGCUGCACUUCAACUUCAGUUAUUUUCUCCCUUGCAGGGAUGUCUUUGGUAAAGGUGGCAGGUCCCUGUUCUAUAAAAAUAUCUGCAUUACCCAACAAAGAGCAUCAAUGGAUGCUGCAACUACAUGAAUGUGUUUAUCACAUCAGUGCUUAUCCAACAAGCAUGCAAGGAAAGAUUGAUAAUUCAUACAUUUUGAAAUAGAGGUACAAUAGUGAAGCUUGAGAAGGUGUCAGAGUAUUACUGUAAAAUGUCAAGGUGGGGUAAACGAUGUGAAGGAAAGGGAAUAGUUGAAAACAGCAAAUAGGGCUCUAACACAGUAAACCUUUCAUAUUUCCAUUAGGGGAUAAAUGCAAUGUAAAGCACAGGAGGCCUGAAUCAAAAGAGGAUGCAAGACUCAGGCAAAUGCACAGUGAAGAUUAUAAGUAGAAAAAACCUGAUGCAACCUUAGUGGCAAAACCAUUAAAUGCAUUCAGCCUAGCCUAAAAGCACUCAGACCUUUAAGAGACCACUUUACAUGUUCAUCUUUGCUCUCAAUCUAAGCAAAAUGGCACUUCUUAUUAUUCUGCCAAUGUGUAAAAAACCUAAAACACAUAAAACAUUGCUUGGGUUUUCAGUAAUAUUCUCAGAAAAGGUUCUUUUGGAAAGGCUGAGUGCAUUUCAUACACACGAUAGAAGAAGUACAGUUAGUUUUAUUGGACCAAACAUUUUGGUAUACGCUGCAGUUGGAAGACAGCUGACCAACUAAUAGAUAUUGUUCAGUCCCUUUUUAUGUGUCAGGGAUUCAAGUGAAAGUUUUUGCUGUUGACAGUAAAAACUGAGUCAGGAGUGGCUUUUGCAUCUGCAUACUUUGAUGGAGCAGAGGCCUAUGCAUAAUAGCUUCUACUUGUAAAACAGUUGUUUGUGAUGUGAGAUAGCUUAUGUAAUUGCAAAUGUGUUAAUUUGGUGGAGUUAUUCUAUUUCUUGAACACUGAUACAUUUUGGGAUCUCCGUCACCAUUUCUUUUGCAAACUUGAUGAUUUGGAAAGAAGUAAACUAUUAACUUUGUUGUACAACCUAUCCAAUGAAGAUAAUACUUUUUUUUUGCCUUUGAAUCACUUCACAAAAUGGUAAGCUUUUUGUUCAGUGAUAACAUAACAUGAGUUUUCAGAACUACGGAGAGAACAGUUGGUCCCAGCUGGGUCUUACCAAAGAGGUUUACUCUAAUUUUUCAUCACGCUUUUUAAGGAAAGAUAACGCACAGCAACAUGCUUUCCAGUGUGCACGGAUUGUCUUCCAUGUUGUGUAACGUCAGUCCAUGAGGCAUUAUCAUCAAUUUUUAUUAAACUGUAAUAAGUUUGAGUUCCUAUUGUGUUAUAACCUGGAAUUUGUCUCUACACUACUGGAUUUGAUUCAUUCACAAAAAUAUGGAUUAAACUACUGACCCUAUA